ACACUGGCUCACUGAGGCCUACAUCCUGUUUGCCACACCUUACUUCCUGUACGACAUCGUGGCCAUGUUCCAGGUCUACAGGCACAGGCUGCAGGUCAAAGGUCACGAGGAGGCGGGGCUUGGAGCGGCGGUGUGGGGUUUCCUGCGUCGAGAGGUUCUGAUGGUCCUGCAUCACGUCUUCAUGGUGGCCUUCUGCUUUCCCGCCUCUCUGCUGUGGCGCCGGGGCCGAGGGGACUACUUCCAGGGUCUCCUGUUCCUGGCCGAGCUCAGCACGCCGUCYGUCAGUCUGGGAAAGGUUCUGAUCCAGUUUCAGAAACAGAACUGUGUUCUUCAUCGACUGAACGGACUCAUCAUCAUCAUCCUCUUCUUCUGCUGCCGGGUCCUGCUGUUCCCCUACCUGUACUGGACCUACAGCAGGUAUGCAUCCAUCCCGGUCCUGGCGGUCCCCCUGGUGGCCCCAUGGCAGUGUAACCUGGGAGCCGCUCUUUUGUGGCCCCUGCAGCUCUACUGGUUCUGUUUGAUCUGCAGAGCAGCCCUGAGACCCCGUAGACCCUGGAGCACCCCCCCGGAUCAGAACCGAUCAAUAAAAGAAUGACCUGAGGGUGAGGCCGGCUCCAUGCAGGGGCAAGAGUGGGGCGGAGCUCCCUGAAACAAAUGCUCRGCCCCAAAAAAACAAAUUCUCCACCCCCUGAAGUAAAUAUCUGCCCCCUGAAGUAAAUGCUUGCCCCCGAAACAAAAGCUUUGUUUGAGUAAAACAAACUGCUGUUUUUUUACGUAUUAUUAUUUAUGAUUGUUUUUACUUUUUGAGGUUAUAAGUUUCAACUCAUAGAGUUAUAAGACAACUAGAGUGAGCACUAGUCAUGUGACCUUAUUCACUGUAGCAACAACACAUGAGAUUAGCUGAGAGGCUAGCUGUAGGCUACGCUAAUGUGUGUUUUAGUAGAUAUCAACUAAUUAGCUAUGCUGAGUCAAGGCUGACUGUGUCAGAAAAAGUUGGAAAUGCCUGUAAUUUAAUAAUUUAAUUUUAGAAAGUAUAUAAAAAUAUAAGCGUGUCAGAAAGCUGUGGAUUUAAUAGCAGAAGAGAAAAGGAAAAUGCCUCAUGCACAAAUAAACAGAUUUGAUCUUAUUUACCUUAAUGUGGAUGUGAUGUGAGCAGAACUGAAGCCAAUAACAGGUCAAUUUAAAAAAAUCUGAUGCAAACACACAUGUAAACACACAUGUAAACACACAUGUAAACACACAUGUAA